AUGGAUGCAGGCAGCAGCAAAAGUGAUAUCGUCAAAGCACCAUCCGUGACCUUGUUAGGUGAUACAUCCACUUGUGGACAAGAUUCCUUUCAAGAUACACCACGACGUCGUUAUGCUUACUUGAGGCGUUGUCGACCUUAUUUAAGUGGUCUUGCCAUUCGACUGGCAACACUCAUUGUCAUUAUUGGUGUGCUCAUUGGACUUGGUCUCGGAUUGCAGUAUACCGAAGGCAUGCCUCGUGCUGAAGACUUUACCCAUUUAACGUUCGAUUGGCAAAUUGACCCGAGGAGCUUCCUUUCACCUUUCAACACGACGUUUGGGUCAUACAACGUGCUUUUGGAUGGUCACUCUCACUCAACAUACAGCGAUGGAAAAAUGAAUGUGGAGCAAUUAUUGGAUUGGCAUUUGGCCAAUGGAUACAAUGCCGUCAUUGUUACGGAUCACAAUACCAUCAAAGGAGGAUUGGCGGCCGAGGAGUUAGCAUUGAAUGAUGAACGCUACAAGGAUCGCAUUGUCGUUAUCCCUGGGAUCGAGUAUACGUGUUGCAGAAUCCACAUGAAUCUCAUCAACAUCAACGAAUCCGUUCCUAUUGGGCCACCUGUUCCAUCCGAUGAACAAUUGCAAGAUGUCAUUCGCCGUGUCCAUGAACUAGGAGGAUUGGUCAUUGUUAAUCACAUCCCUUGGAGCAAUGCUACACAGGGCUAUUAUGAGGAAGCACGACUCCCUAAUCAUCCAUCGGUGGAGGAUCUUAUCAGCUGGGGCGUGGAUGGAUUUGAAGUUGUUCAUGGCAGCACAUUUGAUUAUUCGACCUAUCAAGCAGCAGUGGCUCACAACCUUAUUCAGAUGGUGGGUACCGAUGUCCAUCAUCCUUCCAUGGGCGCAAACACAUGGUUGACUGUACAAGCUGCCAAUUUCACGCGUCAAGGGGUCAUGGAUGCUAUCAUAGCGCACAAGACUUCGUUCCUCAUGGAUCCAGCAGGCACACGACCCAUCGCCUAUCCUGAUUCGAAUCCCAAAUACGACAUGCUCAUGCCAUUGACAGGCCUAGGUCCUUACUUUAACAUGUUUUAUACCGACAACAAGGGCAUGUACAGUUUUCAAGGCACAUUCUGCCAUCCAGAAAAGCUUGAUGUACACGGAAAUAUCAUUGGAUGGUUCAUCUUUUGGCUCUUUAUCAUGAUGCUAGUUUACGAAUUGGUCAGAACGGCGCUUAUUUAUGGAUCAGCGUGGAUAAUGCAAAGAAUAAAGCAUCGGCACUCUGCAUCUUAA